GUUUGGACCGGCCCCAAGGACAUUUGGUUCCUGUACCCGGAGCAACAGCAGGGAGUGCUGCACCAGCGUGUGUUGGAUGAUGGCAUGGUCCAGCUAAGCAGUGCUCAGCAGACGAACCGAUUCGAUGCGCGCUCGAAGCGCCUGGUGGAAACCCUGAACAUGGCAGCGUUGCCAGAGUACAAGGCCGCCCCACCGCCGCUUGCAGCUAUCGAAUCCCCUGCUGUCUCUGGAGGCAAAUCCAUGGUUGAUCCUUCUCCUUCUGAGUCUGCUGCGCCGGCAGCAGAAGCAGACGUCCAGCACGGCCCAAACUCGGACGAUGAAGCCAAGGAAGCUGAGUUGCUGGACUUGACUGUGCGGCCCCAGAAGAAGCUGAAGACCGGCAAGGAGGCAAAGGUGAAGAAAAGCAAGGAGGACAUCCUGCAGGCGGAGCUGGAAAAGGUGCAGCAGACAGUCAUGGGUCUCAAGGAGGCUUUGACGUCGUUCCCCGACAUGCCGCCGAAGUUUGGGUAUGACGUUGGCAAAGUGGACCGGAGCCUGGCAGCGCUGGUGAAGCAGUCCAAGGAGGCCAAUUCCUAUGACAAGCAGACCGAUUUCACCAAGCUUGUGAUUGAGGUGGCGGCCGUUCGAGAUUGCGUGAAAGCCGCAACCAAGUAUCUUCCUGCAGGUGGCCUCCCUGUCAAGAAGCACAGCGAGCCUUUCAUGACAGCCUUCGAGGAAGCGACCGAGAAAUGCCCACAGGUGCUAACCUUCUUCCCGGCCAGUGUGCGUGUUCAGUUUGCUGAGCUUGGGCUGGUGAAGCAGCUGAAGCAGAAGAAGUGGGACGAGAUUGGCUUGCUUUUGUCCUCCAAGCGUCAGUUGGAGUUGGCUGAGGGUGACAACAACUUAGCGGAGAGGAAAUCCACCAACAUGAUGGAGCGCAUUUUGCAUGUGAUCUUCGAGGAGGCCUCCACACUCGGGUACCAGGCUGACAGCCAGGUGGGUCACAAGGACUUUGUGAGAGACAUCUUCGUCGAGGCAUGCGCAACCAUCUUGGACGAAGGUCCUGUGGCAAGCUUGGUGCAAAGCCUCGAGAGUCUGCAGGCGAUCGUGUCAAAGGACACUGGGGGCGCUUCCACCCUGGACGUGGUCCUCGACUUUGUGCAGAGCAAGACGGAAGAGCCUGUGGUCAGAGUCUUUGCCUCCAGCCAGAUCGGGCGGCAGUUGUUGCAGGAUGCGAUGCAGUUCAAUGCAAGCCUGCAGUCUGCAGCCAGUGCAGCCAGCACUCUCAAUGCAUUGAUGAAGGAGAUUGAGGAUGCAUCAGCAGAGGAGGAUUGGGCAGCGUUUUUGCAGGACCCUUCCGAGGAGAGGUUGGAGCAGCUUUGCGAGCAGAACUUCGCCAACACGCUCAACAAUCUCUGCGAGCGCUUGCUGCGCGUUGCAAGGCUUGAUGGGAUGAUCCUCGCGACCAACGAGUUGGCCAAUCUUGAGAGUGACUCCUGGGGCCUUUGCAGUAGCAAGUCCGUGCACUUCCUGGAGACCACUUCUGUAUUGGCCAUGGAGUUCGAGAGCCUGGUCAUGCAGACGGACGGUGCCGUGCAAGUCAAACCUUGCCCUCCGGGACAGGCAAAGCUGAUCUGCCAGUACGUGGAUAUGCUCUCCAAGUUCCACGCGCUGUUGCAGAAGACCGAUGCAGAAGGCAAGUCUUUGACGACCUGGCGCUCCUCGUGUGCUGAGUUUGUCGCGAAGGCACGAGGGCAAAGCGCCCGAGAGUUGGCGGUAGCCUUGCAAGUGUUCUCGGCAUCCUUCCAGUCAAUCUCCUCGAUGUCCCACAGCUCUGCGACAAAGAGGGCCGUCAGUGUGGAGUUUGAUGCUGUGCUUCUCUAUUUCAAGAGCUUGAUGGAGAGCUUGCUGCCCGAGAUUUUCGAGAGCAUCAUUUGCAACUUCGAAGCAUCUUGCUUGGAGAAGCAGGAUUGGUGGAAGCGUGCGUGUGGCAUGCUCUUCCUGCCCGAGCCUGGGGCAACCACCUUUGAGAGCAUCGAUAGGGCUGCGGUGUUUGAGCUGCCAGCGCAGCAGCUGUCCUGUUUGCAGGGUAUGCAUGAAGCGUUGCAAUCCAUCCAGGUCCAAGUAGAUGAGACGAAGCUUGCCAAUUGCAAGCGCCUUUAUGCAAGGUCGCUCAUCCUUCAUGGUGCCACGAACUUCAUCAGCAUGACCAGAGUGCAUGAGAACCCCAACGAGGCGAGGUUGUUGGAGAUCACCCAGGCGAUCGAAGGUUCCCUGCGCGAUGGCGUGGUGAAGGGCUUUGCCAGUUUGGCGAGCUGUGGCACAGCGGCAGAGAUUGCAGACAUCUCAACCUGCGUGACCAAUUUUGUGAGUGAGAUGUUGGCCAAGACGUUGCUCACCUACCUGUGCAAGCACCUUGCCCAGGCAGUCAAGCUCAUCCCUGAAAACCUCGACAAUUGGCUUGUGGCCAGAAACACAUCGAUGAUCAAGAACCAGGUCCUGAAGCGGGAGACCCACCAGGCCAUCCUUGGCUCGUUCGAGCAGCUGACGAAGGUGCACGAGUUGUUGGAUGGCUUGAUCGUGGACAUGGCAACGAUGGUGCCCGCACAUAUGCUGAGCAAGCUCAAAUCGGCGACCAGGGAUGUCAAG